AGAGACGAUAUAUGCAUCUAGCCGACGCCCACGAAAACCCCCGCCGCCGACCCCUCAAAAAUUCGAAAUUAAAUCACAAUCCGAGGCAACUCGGUUCGAUUCUUAGCUAAUUCUUAGGGUUUCUGUGUUCUUCAUCUUUUACCAUUCGUUUAACGAAGAAAUCUGCAGAAAUUUCGAUUUGGGUCAAACUCUGAAGGUUAUGGGCGCGGAAUCGAAGUCGAGAGCAGCUCCUAAAGUUGUGAAAUUGAACAAGGCCUUGAAAUUGGCUGAAUCUUGGGUGAGCAGUAUGAGUGGAUCAACAACAGAAGAACAUAAUCAACUUGAUUUUGUGGGUCGACCUCCAAGGUUGGGUCUAGGAGCCAAAGAGACGCCAAAGGCAAAAUCAGAAGUUUAUGAUCCUGUCGAAAGAAAAUUGUUGGGGAAAUUGCAUGCAUGCAAGAAAUCAUCCAUUAAAGAUGCUAGAAAAGGCAAUAUUGUUGAAGAAAGUGGAGACAGCGAAGAGGAGGAUGAUGAUGAGCCUCAGAGCAGAACGAAUGCUUUUGCCAAAAAGAGAGCAUUGCCUCCUCCAACCACAACUCCACAGUCGAAGAAACAAAAAUGAAACGUUCAGACACUAGUCAGUCUAAUCCUAAAUUACGUGUUCUUUUAUUUCUCCACAUUGCACUAAUUUUACUAGCUCCACUCAUCCUAAAAUUUUGUAGCGGACCAACAAUUAAACAUGCAGAAGCUUUGUCAAUUGUAGACUUGUGAAGGAUGUUUAGGAUCAUUAUCUAUAAUUAUAGAAAAUUAUUUGUUAUAUGUUUAA